AUGUCGAAUCCCUUCAACAAUCCCUUCUACAAUCCAUUCGCUGACGAUGAUACCGCUCCUACUCAUAUCAAUACAGUGGGGAGCCCCAUCCACAAUCCAUUCGCAGCUGAAGACACCUCUUCUACACAAGUCAAUACAUCGGACAAUCCAUUUGCUGAUCAAUACAGUCCACCGCCAAACUAUGUAAACCCACCAUCAUAUUCAACACGGAGCAAGGAAGAACAUCCCCAACAAGCUGAGGUACCACCAGCACUACCACCAAGGAGACCUGUAGCACCGAGUGCAGCAGUAUCGAAGCUGUUGAAGCUAUUCCCAAGUGCCGAUCAAGGCUACUUGACAACAAUAUUGACAAAAUACAAUCAGAAUGAAGCGUCUGCUCGUGCAUACCUAGAAGGACAAGGGAUGAUAGCCAGUGAUCGUACGAAGCCAUUACCAAAGCAACCGCCAGCAUCACCAAUGUUGCAAAUGGCACCACUUGAAUCUGACGACUCGACCUCGGACGAUGAAACUACGAGCAACGACUAUGAUGGCAAGGACGACGACGACGAUGAAGCUCUAGCAAGGAGCAUUGCUAAAGUCAAGUUACGUGAUCCUACAUCUGCAGAAGUUGAAAUGCUAUCCACGGUGUUUGCGGAUGUAGAUGAAGACAUGCUCAAGUCUGUCUUGCAAACUUUUGAUGGUGACUUUGUUAAGUCGAUAGCCUAUUUAGAAACAAAAGGGUUUGAAUCGAGUGACGCUGCCAAAAACGUGAUGACUGGCACCAAGAAGAAUGAUACAUCACAAGAUGCUUUACAGAUAUUAGUAGAGAGAUUUCCGACCGUGGACGCUGAUAUUAUAGAAGCAACACUCGAUGGCUUAAACGGUGAUAUGGAAAGAACUUCCGAGUAUAUAUACCAAAAAAUAUACGCCAUGGCGUACCCUGAUAUAGUGGUGAGCCAAGUGCUCUUGUACGUGACAGUCUUCUUCUUCUUUUGUAUUGGAAUCUGGGCUGGGCGAGGAAAGCAAAGUAUGGAUACUUUCUUGACUGCUCGGUCGAGUCAGGGAUGGCUUCCGCUAGGUCUCAACUUCUUUGCUGCUGGAUUGGGAGUAUGGACGAUCUUCACUCUACCUCAAGUUGGCGCCGAACUUGGUGUACUUGGAGUGUUUGACUAUGCUUUUGCAUGUAUCGUGCCACUACUUUUGUUAAUGUGGAUGGGCCCAAAGAUACGAUCCAAGAUACCCGGUGGAGUGACAAUCACUGAAUUUGUUCGUUACCGAUAUGGUAUCUUGAGCGAGAUCUUGACUGGACUUGUUACGCUCUUGUAUAUGGCUGUCUACCUGUGCUCUGAGCUGACUGCCUUGUCGGACUUUUUGAUCACUUAUGACAUUCCACCAUUGGUACCUGUGAUUAUAGUUUGUGUUGCUACGUCGCUUUAUACAGCUUUUGGAGGAAUGAGAGCCUCACUCAUGACAGACAACUUCCAAAGCUGGAUUGUCCUAAUCCUAAUGGUAGUAGCCACCGUCGCACUAGCAGUCAACGUCCGUAUAGAUCCAGACGCUGUCGCCGCAUCCCCAAUAACAGCUCCCACCCGCGUAGGCUGGGAAUCUCUAUAUACCCUCGCCGCAGCCGUCACAGCAGCCAAUGUCUUCCACCAGGGCUACUGGCAACGCGUGUACUCGUCCAGAUCAGACCGUGAUUUGAGGCUAGCUGCAUUAUUAGGUAGCGCCAUGACAUUCCCUGUAUUUUUCGCUAUUGGGAUAAUAGGAACGAUAUCUGUAUGGGUUGGGCUAUCUGAGCCUGCAUCGUAUACGGCUUUCUUUGAUAUUAUAAGUACAUUGCCAGCAUGGAUUAAUGGUGUUGUGAUGGUGCUUACUGUCGCAUUCGUAUCGUCGUCUGUGGAUACUCUGCAAUCUGGUUUGACUGCUACUAUCGUAAACGACAUUGGUAGGAAGAAGAUCCCUCUCUGGCUCGGUAGACUACUGGCUCUCUUAAUCAAUGUGCCCUGUCUCGUUGUAUCAACACUGAAUCUAAGUGUCUUGCAACUCUUCCUCAUUGCUGAUCUCGUAGCAGCUGCAAUCGUCAUGCCGUUAAUUCUAGGCCUCUUUAGUAAAUUCGACUACGUAUUCGCCGGUAUGGAUUAUAUUCUUGGAUUUAUAGGUGGUAUGUUGGGUGUUAUUGGGUUUGGAUGGAUUGAAGGUGGAUCGCUGGAUUAUGGAGUCAAUUUAUUGACUCUGCCAAACGGGCUUGAUAAGCCUGGAGAGUCGCUAGGCGCCUUCUUGGUGGCUCCGGUUGUUAGUGUGUUGGUUAUGGCUCUGUCGGCAUUUGCACGGUUUAUUGUUAGGAGAAUCACAGGGCAUCGGAUUGUUGAUUGGACGCUUGCUAUACCACCUGCUAUUACAACUACUGACACUAAAGGGGCGGAAGAUGAGACUCAAAAGCUGCAUGCAUGA